AUGAUCAAAGCUCCCGCUAUGAAGGCUAUAAAGAAGAAAAUUGAGAAAAAUAUCUAUGGAGUUGGAAGUAUUGGCCUUUACACUGAGUUGUACAGAGAGGGUUUAGCAAUAAGACAGAAACCUGGAUUGGAAUUGGAACAACACUCUGGUCUAGACAAAUCGCCUUUGGGCAAACAAUGUUACAUACCAAUUAAAGCAAUCCAGCCAACGACGGAACCCAGCCCGAUGACUCAGAGUUCCACGUUAUUAAGCCAACUGACACAUCAUUCACAGCAAAGGAACCUUGUGGCUGGACGUGCAGCUCAUGCACGGAUCAUCAGAACUGGAACAUCGACAGGCACCCACCAUGCCAACGGCCUGGUCAACCUCUAUGCCAAAUGCGGACACUUACCUAAAGCUCACUCUAUCUUCAAUGCCAUAAUCAGCAAGGAUGUGGUGUCCUGGAAUAGUCUCAUCACUGGAUACUCACAGAACGGUGGUCUAUCCAGCUCCCGCACUGUUAUGCAGCUGUUUCAGGAGAUGAGAGCGCAAAAUAUGCUGCCAAACGCUUAUACCCUUGCCGGGGUUUAUAAGGCUGAGUCAAGUCUUGGAAGUGCUACAGUUGGGAGACAGGCUCAUGCGCUUGUGAUCAAAAUGUCAAGUUUUGGGGAUAUUUACGUCGACACUUCGAUGUUGGGCAUGUACUGUAAAGCAGGCUUGGUCGAGGAUGGACUUAAGGUGUUUGCCUUGAUGCCUAAUAGAAAUACCCAUACGUGGUCUACUAUGGUUUCUGGUUAUGCUACAAGAGGACGUGUUGAAGAGGCAAUUAAAAUUUUCAGUUUGUUUCUUAGAGAGAAAGAGGAAGAAAGUGAUAGUGACUAUGUCUUCACUGCGGUACUUAGCUCCCUGGCUGCAAAUGAAUAUGUUGGCCUAGGCAGGCAAAUCCAUUGCAUCACGGUUAAAAAUGGGUUGCUCCAGUUUGUAGCUCUUAAGAAUGCACUCGUUACAAUGUAUUCAAAGUGCGAGAACUUGACAGAGGCAUGCAAGAUGUUUGACUCGUCUGGUGACAGAAAUUCGAUUACAUGGUCAGCAAUGGUCACUGGUUAUUCUCAGAAUGGGGAAUCACUCGAGGCAGUAAGGCUUUUCUCGAGAAUGUUCUCUGCUGGAGUCAAGCCCAGCGAAUACACGAUUGUUGGGGUUCUUAAUGCAUGCAGUGACAUUUGCUAUAUAGAAGAAGGGAAACAACUUCAUUCUUACUUGUUAAAGUUAGGAUUUGAAAGACAUUUAUUUGCGACUACAGCUCUGGUUGACAUGUAUGCAAAAGCCGGAUGUCUAGCAGACGCCAGGAAAGGAUUUGAUUGUCUUCAAGAACGUGAUGUCGCUCUUUGGACAUCGCUUAUUAGCGGGUAUGUCCAAAACUCAGAUAACGAAGAGGCUCUGAUUCUGUACUGUGGAAUGAAAACAGAAGGUAUUGUUCCAAACGAACCAACCAUGGCAAGUGUUCUAAAAGCUUGCUCCUCUCUAGCUACCUUGGAACUAGGAAAGCAAGUACAUGGCCACACAAUCAAGCACGGUUUUGGGCUCGAAGUUCCAAUUGGAAGCGCACUUUCGACAAUGUACUCAAAGUGCGGGAGUUUAGAAGAAGGGAACCUUGUCUUUAGAAGAACUCCUAAUAAAGACGUUGUGUCUUGGAAUGCGAUGAUCUCAGGCUUUUCUCAUAACGGACGAGGAGAUGAAGCCUUAGAACUUUUUGAGCAGAUGUUAGCAGAAGGAACAGAACCUGAUGAUGUUACUUUCGUGAACAUUAUAUCAGCGUGUAGCCAUAAAGGGUUUGUAGAGAGAGGCUGGUCUUAUUUCAAUAUGAUGUCUGAUCUGUUUGGACUUGUUCCAAAAGUUGACCACUAUGCGUGUAUGGUUGAUCUGCUGAGCCGUGCAGGACAACUCAAAGAGGCAAAAGAGUUCAUUGAAUCAGCUAGUAUUGAUCACGGAUUAUGCUUGUGGCGAAUACUACUUAGUGCGUGCAAGAAUUAUGGAAAAUGUGAACUAGGAGCUUAUGCAGGAGAGAAGCUCAUGGCCCUUGGAUCAAGAGAAUCAUCAACGUAUGUGCAAUUGGCAACCAUUUACGCGGGUUUAGGACGGAAGAGAGACGCUGAACGGGUUUGGGGACUCAUGAGAGCAAACGGGGUGAGCAAAGAAGUGGGUUGCAGUUGGAUCGACCUGAAGAAUCAGGUCCAUGUUUUUGUUGUUGGAGAUACAAUGCAUCCGAUGAUUGAAGAGACAAAGUAUUUGAUUAGUAUGUUUAGUAGACAGAUGUUGGAAGAAGGAUACACAACUGUGUUGGAUUCUUCCUAUGUCGAAGAAGGAACACAAUUAGUUGUUUCAUGA